AAGGUCAGCUCUCCGAUCUCUCCCCACCCAAUCCCAGCCCAUUCCACUCUCCCUCGCCCAGUCCAAACCACCCUAAAGCCCACUUUCUGACUCCCCCAGCACCCUGUGAGUCCUCUUCUGGAGCUCACAGCAACCUUCACCCUGUAGAGAUGCUAUCACUCCUCAGCUGCUGUGUUCUGCUCAUCUCUGCUCAGCAGCACACCAGUGAUGCUCAGAGGAACGGGCAACUGCCGGCAGCAAGAGGAGGACAGGCGCUGGCUGAGAGGCGGCAGUUCUGUCAUUGGCCUUGCAAGUGUGGUGAGAGACCCUACUGUGCCCCCGGCGUGAGCUCCGUCCUCGAUGGCUGUGGCUGCUGCAAAAGCUGUGCACGGCAGAUAGGAGAGCGCUGCAAUGAGAGGGACGUGUGUGACCCACACAAGGGCAUGUACUGUGACUUCUCAGCGGACAAGCCUCGGUAUGAGGUUGGAGUGUGUGCAUACAUGAUGGCGGUUGGCUGCGACUUGAAUGGGCUCCACUAUGAGAACGGAGAAACUUUCCAGCCCAGCCCCCUCUAUAAGUGCACAUGCAUUGCUGGAGCCAUCGGCUGCACGCCUGCUUUCAUUCAGAAGCCCGCUGGUAUGUUAGCCCCAGCUUCGCUGAUGAGUAACAGACCAGCCGGUCUUCAAAGUGCUCCAAAGCCCAGCAAACACCAGCAGGAGACUACAUACAUGACAGCUUACAGGGAUCCUCCUUUAGCUUGGAAGAAGAACUGCCUGGUCCAGACCACCCCCUGGAGCUCCUGCUCCAAGACGUGCGGCCUGGGCAUCUCGGUACGCGUCAGCAACGACAACGGCAAAUGUGAGAUGAGAAAAGACCGCCGCCUGUGCCUGCUGCGACCGUGUGAGAAAAGCUGGCUUAGGACUGUCAAGGUGCCGAAGGGGAAGACAUGCAGACCAAAGUUCCAAGCAAAGAAGGCAGAGAAACUGAAGCUCUCAGGCUGCACCAGCACUAAGAAGUUUAAACCCACAUACUGCGGUGUUUGCACAGAUAAACGCUGCUGUGUCCCCAACAAGUCCAGCAUGAUCAAAGUCAAGUUCACCUGUAAAACAGGCUCCAGCAUCCAGUGGAAGAUGCAGUGGAUCACAUCCUGCGUGUGCCAGAGGAAGUGCACUGAUCCAGGUGACAUGUUCUCUGACCUGCGGUUACUUUAAGGAGCCGCUACAAAGAGACAAUAAGCAAUAAGAAAUUAGCCAACCAAAAAACAUUUUUUAACUUAAAAAUGGAUGAAACCAAUCAUUAAAUGAAGGGAAAAGCUUUAAUGAGCUCCUUCUUUGGGACAUGUUUGUGC